AUGGAAGGAAAGAUGAAGGAGACUCCAGCGGUUGAUGAUAAUGAUGAUGAAGAAGAAGAAGAGAAGAUCAAUACUUUUUUCACUUUGGUUAGAAAUAUUCGAGAUGCACAUAACCAGAUGUUGAUUGGAUCGGAGGACACAAAGGAGAAAGAAAAAGCGAGAGAGAAAGAAAUCAGAUCAACUUGGACCCCAUCAUUCCAAUGGGAAGACUUUGCUGAGGAUCCACAUCUUACAACUAAUGUUGCAACUCUUCCUAUUUCUUCCAAGAAUAAUGAACAACAGAAGACCAAAUCAGAGGGACAUCAAGAAUUAGAUCUCAACCUUUCACUUUGA